AUGUUUGAAUUAACUGGAUUUUUAGCUUUUCCGAUAUACAGCAAUAUACACACAAUAGAUAACUCAACUAGUUAUUCAUUUAAAGAUACAAAUAUGGUCCAAUUCCGUCUUAUGUUAAAAAACCGAUUUUCAUUAUUAUUUUUGACAUUCGUUAUAAUAUGUAUCACAUAUAUAGUUUCUGCGUUUGAAGCGAAACCCUCACUUGGUCUAAUUCCUUCACCUGAUAUACCCGGUAUUCCAAAAGAAGGAAAUGAUUAUUCAAAGUUGUUGGCCUAUUCUUUAUAUUUCUAUGAAGCACAAAGAAGCGGAAUUUUACCUAAGAAUAAUCGAGUAUCUUGGAGACAUAAUUCUGCACUUGAUGACGGGAAGGAUAGAGGCGUGAACUUAACAGGAGGUUAUUAUGAUGCUGGCGAUUACUUAAAAUUUACAUUACCAUUAUCAUGGUCACUGUCUCUCAUCUCAUGGGGUGCGAUCGAAUGGUUUGAAGGAUAUCAACUUUCAAACCAAACUGAAUAUCUUCGUGAAAUGGUCAAAUGGGGAACAGAUUGGUUAAUAUCAGCUCAUCCUAAGCCCAAUCAACUCUUCAUUCAAGUUGGUUCACCUAAAAUUGAUAAUAAUUAUUGGGGCCCUGAUACUAAUAUUCCGAAACCACGUCCUGCUUAUGAUAUUAAUUCAACAGCACAUGGCACAGAAGUUGCUGCAGAAGCGGCUGCAGCUUUUGCUUCCUCAGCAAUUUUAUUUCAAGACUUUUUUAAUGACACUUCUUACGCCAAAACAUUAAUAUCUCAUGCUAUAAGCGUUUAUGCUUAUGCAGAAAGUCAAAAGUUAACUUUGUCUUCGUCUACAGUUAUUAAAGAAGCCAGGGGAUAUUAUACUCCAAAAUUCUUUGACAAAUUGGCUUAUGGAGCUAUUUGGUUAUACCGUGCCACUUAUCAGUCUCAAUACUUGGAUAAGGCAGUAAAUUACUAUAACCAAUAUAAAAAAAUAUCGCAUGAUAUAGAAAUUAUGACAUGGGGUGAUCAAAUAGGUUCUUGUAAUAUUUUAUUUGCUCAGAUAUUUGAUAAAUCAAAUGCAAAUUUCUCUUUUUGGAGUAGUGAAGCUGAACAUUAUUUAGACAAUAUAUUGACAAAUACAAGCGUUUGUAACUUUACAAGUGGUGGACUUUUAUGGUGUGAUGAUAGUAUAACUUCAAUACCUACUUCCCUAAAUAGUGCCUUUGGAUUUCUUAUGUAUUCUGCUUAUGCAUCUACCAUAGAAAAAGCUAAUAUAUAUAGAAACUUUGUAUACUCUCAAAUUAAUUAUAUAUUUGGUGAUAAUCCUAUGAAAAUGUUUUAUAUUGUAGCUGUUCAUCCAAAUUCUCCUAAAAAUCCUCAUCAUGCUGGCGCACAUGGUGGGACAAAUGUAGAAAACUUGAAUGACCCACCUGAGACAAAAUAUCCUUUAUAUGGUGCCGUUAUAGGUGGUCCAAGUAUGAAUGAUUCAUAUCUCGACUCAAGAUCAAAUUAUAUUCAAUCUGAGGUUGCUCUUGAUUAUAACUCCGCAUUUCAAGGAAUAAUGGCGUAUUACGUUAUGAAUAUUAUAAACACGUAUAAUAUUCCAAAUCCUCCAUCGCCGUAUGAACCAAUAAAUCCAGUUUUAUCAACAUUUCAACAUCAAAAAAUUGUAAUUAUAGGUGUUAUCUGUAGUGUUUUCUUUCUGUUUUUAGUUUUAAGCAUAAUAGUUUACAAGUAUAUAAGGAAUAAUCAAAAAGGAUCAAGUAAUCUUGAGGGAAACAAUAGGAAAGAUCCAAGUGAUCUUAAGAGAAACAGUCUGGAGAGGACCAAGUGA